UCACGUGCGGCGUGAACCUUAGGGCAUCAUGCUGUAAGAAGAUGGGGGGAUCGGUGACUCGCGCCGUCAGGAACUUCAAUCUAGAGAACCGGGCGGAACGGGAAAUCAGCAAGAUGAAGCCCUCUCUUGCUCCCAGGCACCCCAGUACCAAGAACCUACUUCGCGAGGAGAUGAGCCGCCAUCCGGAAGUUAAGGGAGAAAUUACUAGAAAAGAUGACAAGCUGCUGUCAUUACUAAAAAAUGUUUAUGUUGAUUCCAGAGAUCCUGUGUCUUCUGCGCAGGUAAAAGAUGAUGGAGCACAUCAAAAGCCAAAGGAGUUCAGGUUGCCAAAAGGCCAUCACUUUGAUGUAGUGAAUAUUACAAACAUUCCCAAAGGCAAAAUUUCGAUUGUAGAGGCAUUGACACUUCUCAAUAAUCAUAAACUUUAUCCAGAUAUGUGGACUGCUGAGAAAAUAGCACAAGAAUACCAUCUAGAACUGAAAGAUGUAAAUUCCCUUCUCAGAUACUUUGUUACUUUUGAAGUCAAAAUCUUUCCUCCUGAAGACAAGAAAGCAAUACAACCAAAAUGAAGAAAAUCAUGAAAUUACUCUUCCUAUGUAUACUCUCCAGUUUAUGUUAAAUUAUAUAAAUUGCUGAGUGUUUAAAGCUCUCUCCUUAUGAGAGCAUACUAUUUAUUGAGCUCUGCUGACUUCUUAGGAUUGCUGAGAGAAUGAUUUUUUUUUUUUUUAACUUUGGUUUAGGCAUAUGAUUGUAUGUAUAUGUCAACAGGACUAAUCAGCAUAACAUCUGUAAAUUUAUUGUAAUAAAAUAAUGUGUCAUUUUAGGCAUAUUGUAUCAGCUUUUAAAUUGAUCAUGUGGUCUGUUGGGGAAUGCCCUCAAUCCCUCAUUUAACAUUCAGAGUUUCAUUUUUCACUUUAGGUGGUUAGUGACAGUAAGAGCUUUCCUGACUGUUAAGACCUUUUUUGCUAGAGAAAGGUAAACUUGGCAGUAAGGUAGAAUAAUUAGUAUUUCCCAAAUAAAAGCAGAUAGCAGAGUUGAUAAAAAUCAAUAGAAAAUGCAUUUUUUUUUAACUGCUUCAGGAAUAGAUAAAAAUAUUGAGGGGUUCCUUAGUUUUAGAUUGGCUUUAAGUAUGGAAUAACUAUAAAAAAUAAAACAAAAAGCAAAA